AGGGACUUGACUCUCCUCUUUGUGUGCUCUGCCAGACCUCUCUAUCUUUCUGCUCCCCCUUUUUCUCUCUGAAUCUUUCCUUUCAGAGGAAACAAACCAGUCAUGACUUCUUCCAGAGUGAGCAUGACCAAAACGGUCAGGACAAGCAGCGGCGGCGGCGGCGGUGGCAGUUUUGGUUUCAGCGGCGGUAGCUUGAGAGCUUCAGGAGGAGGAGGAGGAAGAUCAUUUUCUUCCCAAUCUGCAAUUGUGGGCUCCAGGAUGUCAAUGGCAUCACCCUCUGUUGGCUCUAUGUUCAUGGCAAGAGGUGGUGGUGGUGGUGGUGGUGGCGGUGGCUCCAGUUUUAGCUAUUCAAGCAGUGGCGGUGGAGGUGGUUACGGUGGUGGUCUUGGUUUCGGUAGUGGCAGCGGCGGUGGUUUUGGCGGUGGUUCUUUCGGAGGUGGUAUGGGUAGUUUCGGUGGUGGUGGCGGUAUGAUAGUGCCUCAGAUCUCAAACGUCCAAGUCAACCAGAGCCUGCUGGCCCCCGUGAACGUUGAUAUCGACCCCAUGAUCAACACUGUCCGUACCCAGGAGAAGGAGCAGAUCAAGACCCUGAACAACCGCUUCGCCAGCUUCAUUGACAAGGUGCGCUUCCUGGAGCAGCAGAACAAAAUGCUGGAGACCAAGUGGAGCCUGCUGCAGGAUCAGACCACCACCCGCUCCAACAUCGACGCCAUGUUCGAGGCCUACAUCGCCAACCUGCGCAGGCAGCUGGACGGGCUCGGCAACGAGAAGAUGAAGCUGGAGGGAGAGCUGAGGAACAUGCAGGGGCUGGUUGAGGACUUCAAGAACAAAUAUGAAGAUGAAAUCAACAAGCGUGCCACCGUGGAGAAUGAGUUCGUGCUCCUCAAGAAGGAUGUGGAUGGCGCCUACAUGAACAAGGUUGAGCUGGAGGCCAAAGUUGACGCCCUUCAGGAUGAGAUCAACUUCCUCAGAGCUGUCUACGAGGCGGAACUGCGUGAGCUCCAGGGACAGAUCAAGGACACCUCCGUCAUUGUGGAGAUGGACAACAGCCGCAACCUGGACAUGGACUCCAUUGUCGCCGAAGUCAAGGCUCAGUAUGAACAAAUCGCCGCAAACAGCCGUGCUGAAGCUGAGACCUGGUAUCAGCAGAAGUACCAGGAGAUGCAGUCGUCUGCAGGCUCGGCCGGAGAAGACCUUCGCAACACCAAGAAUGAGAUUGCUGAGCUCAACCGCAUGAUCAGCCGUCUCCAGAAUGAGAUUGAGGCAGUCAAGGGACAGCGCGGCAACCUGGAGGCCCAGAUCGCUGAGGCUGAGGAGCGCGGCGAGCUGGCCGUGAAGGACGCCAAGGCCCGCAUCAGAGACCUGGAGGACGCCCUGCAGAGAGCCAAACAGGACAUGGCCCGCCAGGUCCGCGAGUACCAGGAGCUCAUGAACGUCAAAUUGGCCCUGGACAUUGAGAUCGCCACCUACAAGAAGCUGCUGGAAGGAGAGGAGUCCAGAAUUUCAAGCGGCGGUGGAUCUGCAACCAUCCACAUACAGAGCUCAAGCAGCGGCGGCGGCGGCGGUGGCGGCGGCGGCUUCGGAGUCGGCUACGGUGGUGGUGGCGGCAUGGGCAUGAGCAGCGGCAUGGGCGGCGGCGGUGGCAUGAUCAUGAGCAGCGGCUAUGGCGGCGUAAGCAGCGGCUUUGGCGGCGGCUAUGGCGGCGGCAGCUAUGGCGGCGGCAGCGGCAUGAGCAGCAGCAGCAUGAGAAUGACCUCCAGCUCCUCCGGCACUCGCCGUUACUAAAAGCGCCAGCUGCCAUCGUCUCUAUUCCCUUUCUUCCCUCAUUUUGUUCUCCUUCUCUUGCCCCUCCCCUCUCCCGGGCGCCCAAUCAUAAAAAAAAAGUUUCUGUAAGCCCACCACUCUUUUCCCAGCAGCAGCCUCAGAAACAUUUGCACCCAGCCAUUUACAGCCGGCAGAUCUGUGCAAUGCUUCUGGCGUUGCCGCUCCCCCUUCUUCGGCACCACAUACCUACAGAGAGUCAGAGAUUACAUCAAAACACAAGUCGAGGCAGAGAGAUCACCAGAGAAACAACAGAGAGCAGCAGAGAUUUGAGUCAGUCCUCUCUUCCUUUUGUCAGUCAGCCUUGGCUGUCUUUUGGUUGCUGGAUGUGCUGUCGUACAGACAGGAGGAUACUUGUAGUGUCAUGACAGAGAAUCCUUACCAAGCAACAAUCAGUGCACGCAGAACGACGACUCUUAGAUCCGCGCACAGGGAGGUCCUGACGGCUGUCUUGCAUUUAUGACUCAUACGCGACAGGCAAGUGUCAGCGCCUCUUUUUUUCCCUGUCGCGUCUCCUCAGUUGCCCGUCGCCCUGUCGUGCAUCGUGACAUCGUCAAAAGCGGCCACAUAUAACACUUUCACAUUUCACCUUCGGGAUCCUCUUUUUCUUCUCCUGCUCCGAGAGAAAAGGAGCUCUCCAGCAUAUAAAUGGUGUUUUGCUUUACUUCCAUUUUUAGCUCUGAGUUACACAGAAACAUGGAUAAGGCUGACUGUUAACGACCAGAUUUAUUGUGCACUUGUACCACCAAAACGUCUGGAAUAAAUCUGAUUUCAUAUUCA